UUUAAUACAGAUGCGCUCCUCAGUGCGCUCUGCGUUCAGCCAGAGAGGUGGAGACACGGACCAGACCAGAGCAGACCAGCACCAUGACGACACCCAGCAACACAUACGAUGUGAUAGUGGUCGGAGGAGGAAUAUCAGGUUUGAGUGCAGCGAAGCUGUUGAAAGCCAACGGACUGAGUCCAGUAGUCCUGGAGGCCAGGGACCGGGUCGGUGGUCGCACCUUCACUGUGCGGAAUAAGGAGACAAAGUGGGUCGACCUGGGCGGAGCUUACAUCGGACCAACUCAGAACCGCAUCCUCCGAUUGGCCAAAGAGUAUGACAUCAAGACCUACAAAGUCAACGAGCAAGAGAGCCUGGUGCAUUAUGUCAAGGGAAAGUCGCACCCGUUCAAAGGCUGCUUCCCUCCCAUGUGGAACCCCAUCGUCUUGUUGGACUUCAACAACCUGUGGAGGACGAUGGACGAGAUGGGAAAGGAGAUUCCCAGAGAGGCUCCCUGGCGAGCUCCCCACGCUGAUGAGUGGGACAAGAUGACCAUGCUGGAGCUCUUUGAGAAGAUCUGCUGGACCAGUACCGUUCGUCGCUUCGCCACGCUGUUUGUCAACGUGAACGUGACCUCCGAACCCCACGAGGUGUCAGCUCUGUGGUUCCUCUGGUAUGUGAAGCAGUGCGGAGGAACGCUGAGGAUCUUCUCCACCACUAACGGAGGACAGGAGAGGAAGUUCGUCGGCGGCUCCAGUCAGAUCAGCGAGUGCAUGGCGAGGGAGCUGGGAGACCGAGUGAAGCUGGAGUCUCCGGUCUUCAGGAUCGACCAGACCGGAGACAUGGUGGUGGUGGAGACGCUGGACAAACAGACCUACACAGCCAAGUACGUGAUCAUGGCCACGCCUCCCGGUCUGAAUGUGAAGAUGCACUUUAACCCCGAGCUGCCGCCGCUGAGGAACCAGCUGAUCACCCGCGUCCCCAUGGGCUCCGUCAUCAAGUGCAUGGUCUACUACAAAGAGAACUUCUGGAGGAAAAAGGGUUACUGUGGCAGUAUGGUGAUUGAGGAGGAAGGCGCGCCCAUUGGCCUGACACUGGAUGACACAAAGCCUGAUGGGACUGUACCUGCAAUUAUGGGAUUCAUCCUUGCCCGCAAGUGCAGAAAGCUAACAGAGCUGACCAAAGAGGAGAGGUUGAAGAAGAUCUGUGAGAUCUACUCCAGAGUGCUGGGCUCAGACGAGGCUUUGCAUCCGGUGCACUAUGAGGAGAAGAACUGGUGUGAAGAGCAGUACUCUGGGGGCUGCUACACGGCCUAUUUCCCCCCAGGAAUCCUUACCCAGUUCGGAAAGGUGCUGAGGGAGCCGGUCGACAGGUUGUACUUCGCAGGCACAGAGACGGCCACGGAGUGGAGCGGCUACAUGGAGGGGGCGGUGCAGGCUGGAGAGAGAGCAGCCAGAGAGGUCUUGUGUGUGAUGAAUAAAAUCCACCAGAGUCAGAUCUGGCAGACGGAGCCUGAGUCUGUGGAUGUCCCGUCAAGCCCCAUUGUCACCAACUUCUGGGAGAGAACUAUGCCUUCGGUCGGUGGUCUCCUCAAGCUCAUGGGAGUCUCCACCUUCCUGUCCGUUGCCACCGCGGCCGGCCUGGUGGCCUACAAGAAGGGCCUCCUUCCUGUCCGGAGUUAAACCACCCCACGCCUGUCGUCUCACUCCUCUGCAUCCCCAAGGGGGGCCACAUCUCAAUAGACACUGUACUUCUAGUGCACUACUUUAUGGCCCAAAACUGCAAAGUAGUGAACUACGUCGGGUAUAGGAUGUUGUAAGAAAGGACUGUUCAGUUCACACAAAAAACACUAAUGCAGCAUCGCUCUGUGCACUGUCUGUUCACAAACGAAAGAGAGAGUGAGACAAAGUAACGGGCUGAUUAGAAGUUCACAGUAACUUCAGUUUAAAUCUACAUUAAAUCUGAGAUUCAGAUUGUGAAACCAAUGAAGGAAAAAUAACAGAAUCAGUUCUUAAAAAGGAAAUAUAUAUAUAUGACUAUAUCACUAUUAAUAUUCCGUACAUUGCCAAUGACAUUCACAUUCUUGAUUACAUGUGAGUUUGUUAACUCAUCGUGCUUUCUGUGUGUGUGUGUGUGUGUGUGUGAGCUUUGUUUGCAUGUGCACACGCUAUGGUGAGCAUGCAUUUGUGCAAGUUUGUCAGUUGUGUACAAAGUGUGUGUGAGUGUGUAUGUGUGUGUGUGUGUGUGUGUGUGUUUGUAUGGAGUGUGUCUAAUUACCUCUGCUGAUUUUAGGUGCUAAUUUAUUCGGGCCAAGCAGCUGUAGCUGUUUGAUGAGAUCCAGUAACAUCAGAAUAGAAUAGAGUUGUGCUGUUGCCUGCUACAAAAUCACAGAGGAGGUUUAAGGAUAGGGCUGGUGAUAUUCUAUCAUUUGUCUUUUUGUCAACAAAUCCCAUGAAAACACCUAUCAAUACUUUUAUCUUUUUACUUUUAUUAAGUGUUGUCUGUGUCGCCUAAGUCUGAUAGAUCUUCUUCCUCUCUGCCAUAGAGCUCCGUAAACACAUAAAUGAGCCACUUCAUUGUGAUGAACAUGGGCACUGUUUUAUGUCAAUCCCACAUACACCGUCCUGCUAAUGUAAAUACUCACUAGUGCACCAAAUGUGUAUUACCCCCACAGCGUAAAAUAUUCCCCAUCUACAGUGCCUAGUGAUUUCUUUCCUGGUGUUAUUUGCGAAAAUUUGUGUAUGGAUGUAUAAUAAUACCUGGAUUUGGUGCAGCCGCUCAGCCUUGCUUCCAAUUUUUUCCAGUGGCCACGAAGAGCUUUACAAUCUGUACAGCAUACGAGAUCCUUCUCUAGUUUAUUUUAAAUGAAUUCCUCAUAUUGCUCUCUAAUGCACCAAAUCUACGACUGAUAUUAGUCCCAAACAAAUGCACUAGUUACUCCUGUUUUUGAGUAACUUUUGCUUAAAAUGACAGCUGCUAAAGGAAAUAACCUUAUAUAUCUUUGUUAAGAUUGACAUCUUCAGUAGGAACAAAUGGACGAGAAAGUAUUGAGAGACAGAAUAAUCCAUUGAUGAUUUACAUGAGAUUUGUUGACAGUGAGAAAAAGAAGAAUAAGAAUGCAUAAGAAGCCUUAUCCUUUAAUUAAAACUUGUAUUUAGGGGUAAUGUAGUGCUACUUAGCUGCUCUGUUAUCUUUUGGUAAAUGUAAUGGAAGCUUUCGAAUGUAUUUUCUUCAGACAAGAUAACACAAACUAUUUGUUGCUGCAUUAUGAUUUACAGAUUUUUGACAUAUAUUUUGACUUUUUCUCAUUAAUAAUUUAAAUUAACACAUUAAGGGAAACCACUGUAGCUAACCAAACACACCAUGGACAGAUGUGGCCGGCCUGCAGUUCCUCUGUGAAGGCCUCACACAAUAGCGUGCUGGACUCUAUUGACUUACAUUAUUGCACUAACCAGAUGAUUUAUUCUACCAUAUUAUAUACUUAUAGAGAAUCUAAUGAGUUUAAAUCACAUGAGAUGUAGCUUAUGUUUUGUAAGUAAAGUUUUGAUUUGUUAAAGACCACAGACAAUUGUUUCUCGGUGAAAUUAACUUAAAGGUGCAGUGUGUAGGAUUUGGUGGCAUCUAGUGGUGAGGUGGCAGGUUGCAACAAACUGAAACUAAGAAUGAGUUUACUGCGACCAAAAAGUGACGCCGAGGGGUCGUUAAGUACGUGUUUACUGCAACCUAAAAUUGACGCUGAGGGGUUGUUAAGCAAGAGUUUUGAUGAGACCGAAAAGUGAUGCCGAGGGGUCGUUAAGCAAGAGUUUACUGCGACCGAAAAGUGAUGCCGAGGGGACGUUAAGCAAGAGUUUACUGCGACCGAAAAGCGAUGCAGAGGGGUCGUUAAGCAAGAGUUUACUGCGACCGAAAAGCGAUGCAGAGGGGACGUUAAGCGCGUGUUUACUGCGACCGAAAAGCGAUGCCGAGGGGACGUUAAGCAAGAGUUUACUGCGACCGAAAAGCGAUGCGGAGGGGACGUUAAGCAAGAGUUUACUGCGACCGAAAAGCGAUGCGGAGGGGACGUUAAGCAAGAGUUUACUGCAACCGAAAUGUGAAGCCGAGGGGAAGUUAAAUACGUGUUUACUGCGACCGAAAAGUGACGCUCAACGGCUCAUUCUAAGGUAACGAAAACAUAACGAUUCUUAUUUUCAGGUGAUAUUAUAUAUGUUAUAUAUGUAAUAUUAUAUUCCAUUCCUGCUAAUAGAUCCCCCUAAAUACUACACACUGUUCCUUUAAGAAAACAGAUGAAUAAAUGAGGGAUUAUUCCCAGAAAGACACCUUCAGACAUCUUCAGAAACUAAAUUCAUGCUUCACAAGAGAAAAACACAGCUGACUACUUGCAGUGAAUGAUAAUUGUCGGCACUUCAACAAAACUCCGUGAUGAGUUGCACUUCGAAGUGCGUGUCGGAGUGGGAGGCGUGCUUUUAACAUAAUGGAAAUCUGAUUUUGGAGGUAGAUGUGACCAAUCAACACAUGAUUGAAUCUAAGUUCUUCUGUUCGUGCAUCUGUUUUGAAGGGCAUUGUACUGUGUGUGCAGCUCUGUAUGCCCACUGAGGGAAUCAUGCUGUUCUUGUCCCAAAGACUGCUGUGUGUGUGUGUGUGUGUGUGUGUGUGUGUGUGUGUGUGUGUGUUUGUGAGUGUAGUUAUCUGUUGUGCCUUAAUGGAAGUCGUCAUGUUUUUCGUCAUUUCUCUCAAGUGCCUGUGUGACUCUGCACUGGAAGUGAGAGGUCAGAUGGACCGUGGUUUAUCAUCCGUAACCAUCAAUAAACAGGGACGAGCAAAACAACCUUCAUGUCCCUCUUUGCACGUCCACAACCUUUCAUUUUUAAACAUCCCCUGUGUUACCUGAGUUACGUCCUCGGUAUAAACUUGACUCAGGUGUAUAAUAAACACAGUGAAUAAUAGAGCUCAGACUGUUGGGUCGAUCAAACUGCUUAUCUCCAGUGAAGCCAAGUCUGUGUGUGUGUUUUGUAUUGUGAUUGCAGUGUCUCCCCUUGUUGUGAUGCCCUCUUGUCUCUCUAGCUGCUUAACUUCACCCCGUGUGCACUGACCUUUGACCCCCCCUUUCAUCCCAGCACAUGCACUGGUUUUGCGCUCGCUCUCCCAGAGAUGAUUGGAUGCUCACAUUUGAAACGUUUCUGACUUCAGUGAACAAACACAGCCAGCACACUCUCUCUGUCUGUCCCUCCAAUCUACAACACCAUCAGCAGCAGACACCAUGUAUUCAUGAUCUGAUCCUUCUUCGUUGUUUUCUGGAGCUCUGAGACUGUUUGUCCUUCUGUGCAUUUGAGCGUCCUUAACUCUUCCCGUGACCCAUUCUUUGAUGUCUUUGAUUCCUCAAAACAAAGCUGGUGAUAUUUAAAAGGAAAAAAAAUGUGAAAUAAAUCUUUUACUCGUCUUAAA